CGACAUACUUCUUCACAUUCGGAAACUCAUACACCCAAACCAACUUCAUGACCACAGGCGAACAGCCCUCGCCAGCGAACCCCAUGGGUAAUCCCGCGCUAGGCGAAGGCACAACAACCGGCGGCGCAAACUGGGUCGGAUACCUCACAACAGCGGAAAACGCCUCGCUGGUCCUAUCGUACAAUCUGGCUAUCGGCGGCGCCACGGUCGACAAUACCCUUGUCAAGAGAGUCGACGGCGACCUCGUGUCUCAGGUGAAGUUGUUCGGGGAUGCUUAUGCCAGCAAGCCAGAGACUGCGCCUUGGACGGCGGAGAAUGCGGUAUUUGGGUUUUGGAUUGGGGUUAAUGACAUCGGCAACGCCUACUCCUCAACCGACGCCAGCACAUUCAUCCCACAACUAACCUCGCGUAUCGCAUCCCUCCUGGACGAAAUCUACAAAGCCGGCGGCCGCAAAUUCCUCCUCCUCAACGUGCCGCCCACCAGCCGCAGCCCGCUGUUCCUGGGUCAGGGCGAAGAGGUCGUCGAGAAGCAUGCUGCUUAUGUGGCGGCUUAUAAUAAGGACUUGGCGGCUAUGGUUGAGGGGUUCGAGGGGGAGCAUGAGGGGGUUACGGCCGUCGUCUACGACUCCUGGACAUUCAUGACUAGCGUUCUGGACAACCCUGCGGACAGCGGCUUCCCCGACGCGACGUGCUUCAAUGAGGACGGGACGUCGUGUGUCUGGUGGAAUGAUUAUCACCCGAGUGCGAAGUAUCAGAGUUUGCAGGCGGGGGAUAUGAAGAGUGUGGUGAAGGGUUUGGGGGGGUGGUAG